AUGUCGGACAGUCACAACCACUAUGCAGGCACAGCACCUGGGGACGGUUCCAUUAUGGAUCCGUCUACUAGUACUGCCCACAACCAUUUCGUUACCCACCAUACCAACCAUGAUGUCGAGCAUGAUCAACCCCAACAAGCAAACACUCAACUAUUGCCUUCCCAUUCGUCGUCAGACACGCCCUUGCUGAGCGAGGAGGAUAAUGGCCUGGCCAUGGUCGAGGAAGAGGAAGAGAUGCAUCACUUUUCUCAACCAAAGCCUUUGUCUACUAGAAUGAAAUGGGUCCAAGUGGCUAUAGUCGGAUCCCUGGCUUUUGCAACACCUCUCGGCUCAUCAAUCUACACUCCAGCCCUGCCUCAACUAAUAUCGGAACUGUCACCUUCCGAGGACCCUUCACUCGCGACACUCACCAUAUCAGCCUACAUCUUUGGCUUCUCGACGGGCCCGCUGCUGAUCGCGCCCCUGUCGGCCGUCUACGGCAAGGUCAGACUGUACCGGCUGUGCGCAGUGUUGUGGGCACUAUUCUCCGCCCUCGCGGCCGUCGCACCAAACAUCUGGUCGCUCGUAGCGCUACGCUUCCUCGCCGGCUGUGUGGGUGGCACGCCGAUGGUGCUGGGCUCGUCCACCGUCGCCGACCUCUUCGACAAGGAGGUGCGCGGCCGCGCGCUGUCGUUCAUCGCCGUCGGCAGCGUCUCGGCGCCCCUGGUCGGCCCCGCGGCAGGCGGGAGGAUCGCACAGUCGGCGCUGGGGUGGAGGGGCUGCUUCGUCCUGCUCGCCUGCGUCGGGGUCGUCAAUGCGGCGCUCACCUUUGUAGGUCUGCGCGAGAGUGCGCCGGAUGGUACUUCAGAAAAAUCGGCCGCGCCGAAAAAGACUGCCGUGUUGCUAAGGGAUGCCGCGGUGCGGCCUCUGACAAUCCUCCUCCAUCCAUCCGUGGCCAGCAUAGUCAUCCUAUCGUCAUUCUUCUACAGCGUGCAAGUGUGGCUGUACGUGGACGUGCCUGCGAGAUACGAGGAUGUCUAUAGCUUCUCCCCGGCAGAAGCCGGAUCCGUAUUCAUAUUUAUGGGGAUCGGAACCCUGGUCGGUCUGCUGGUCUGCGGGACACUGUCGGACCGCGUUAUCGCCACCCGUGCUGCCAGGUCAGAGGACGGUGAGAAAAGAGCCGAGCAUCGUCUGCCGCUGACUGUUUCCGGUGGGGCGAUCGUGUCACUUUCCAUGGUACUUUACAGUUUUGGAGCCGAAAGAGACACAUGGUGGGUGAUUCCGGCGUGCGGGAACGCAUUGAUGGGCAUGGGUCUGUUUGCCAUAUCCAUGUCUUCGGCGCUCUUUCUCGUGGACCUGUCGACCAAACAAGCCGUAUCGACCUCAGCCGCCAUGGGGCUGGUUCGCUUCGCCAUGGGUUCGCUUUCGGCAAUGCUCAUGUCCCGCCUCGAGUCCUCCCUGGGUUUUACGGUGUUGCACUCUGGGGUGAUUUUUUGCUCGUGUUUGGCGACAUGGUUUGGGUAUUGGUUGUUUAAAAAUGGAAAACGGCUGCAAAAUGACAAAGAUCUAGAAGAGUUUGCUUACACAUCAAAAUAG